CAUGCCUGUGCAGUUCUGCCAGGAGGAAGCCCAGGGCAGGAGCCGUGCCAGGCAACAGUUGGCACGAUAUGGAGCGUCGGAACAAGAUGGAGUUUUUCCAGAAACUGGGCUACAGCCAGGACGACGUGGUGAGGGUGCUGGGCAAGCUGGGAGACAGUGCGUUGGUCAACGACAUACUGCAGGAGUUGAUCCAGACCGGUAGCCGUCCACGGGCCCAGGAGGAUCCAGUCAACAGCACCGGAGUAGUGCUGACACCCCGGGGAUGCUGCGGGACCCGGGACUCUGCCCCACAGGGCCUGGGACCAGGACUGGAAGAAGCUGGUGCAGACCCAGGCAGCUCCCUGCGGCCCAUAGUGAUCGAUGGCAGCAAUGUGGCCAUGAGCCAUGGAAAUAAGGAAGCCUUCUCUUGCCGGGGAAUUCGUCUGGCCGUGGACUGGUUCAGGGACAGAGGACACACCUACAUCAAAGUUUUUGUCCCCUCCUGGAGGAAAGAACCGUCAAGAUCUGAUACCCCUAUCAGAGAGCAGCACGUGCUGGAAGAGCUGGAGCGGCAAGCUGUGUUGGUGUACACCCCGUCCCGCAAGGUCAACGGCAAGCGAGUCGUGUGCUACGAUGACCGCUACAUUGUGAAGGUGGCCUACGAGAAGGAUGGCAUCAUCGUCUCCAAUGACAACUACCGGGACCUGCAGAGUGAGAACCCAGAGUGGAAAUGGUUCAUCGAGCAGCGACUGCUCAUGUUCUCCUUUGUGAACGACAGGUUCAUGCCUCCUGAUGACCCCCUGGGCCGCCGUGGACCAACCCUGAGCAAUUUCCUAAGCAAGAAGCCAAGGCCCCCAGAGCCCUCCUGGCAGCACUGUCCCUAUGGCAAGAAAUGCACCUAUGGGGUCAAGUGCAGAUUCUACCACCCGGAGAGGCCACACCACGCGCAGCUGCCGGUGGCCGACGAACUCCGCGCCAAGACGCGGGCUUGGCCGGGCGGUGGCGCCGAGGAGCAGCGGCCACUGAGCGUCCGGAGCAACCCCGCAUCAGCCAGGCCGCUUCUCCGGGAGCCCAGCGCACCCAGCCUCCCACCGCCACCGCAGCCCGCGACCCUGGCCGCUCUGGGCCAGAGCCUCUCGCGGCUGACCUUCAGCGAAACCCCAACUAGCGGCGUCGCGUUCCGGACGCGUGAACCCGACUGGAUGCCCACGUCCUGGGCCUUGAUAACUCCUCCAGCGGGCAGCGCUGCCACACCAAGGUCGCCAGGUCUGCGAUGCCUCCGGACUCCGAGCAAUGCGCUCUCUUCGGGCGAUGCUGGGUCCCCAAACUGCCCUCAGGUCCAACCGCCAGACAGACGCCUUUCCAGGGACAUGCACAGUGACUUGCCUCCCCAGCGCAGACCUCUGGAAGAUCCGUGGACCCUCUUGCCCAGCUCCUACCUUUAUCUGAGUCACUCGGCCUGGGCCGACUCCUCUUGGGGCGAUGACACCUUUAGAGAACCUUCGAGGUCAGCGCAGUCAGCAGUCAAUGGUGGGGGAGCACGCACUGCUUUCUGCAGUGUCUUCCCAGAUGAUCAAGAGGACCGGGGGAUGGCCUCGGAUUCUGCCCUCUCCGAUUUGGCUCUACUCACCAUCCGGCAGAGAUCCCAAGGGCCUGGUGAGCGGUUAGGGGACCCUUAAGGGACAGGUUCACAACACUGCAAGGAGUCUUGCAACUUGAAUUGUGGGAUACAAGACAGUUGCCAACCUGGAUGUAAGUCACUGUUUUUGGACCCUGUCAGUAGGAGACUUCCUUCUCAUCCUCGGUGGUGGGUACCCAUGGGGAUUUUGGUGUUGCUUUCAGGGCCUGCUGAGUGGACAGGACGGUUUCUGAUGUGCUCAGAACACAUCCGUGUCUGGCUCUAACUGCCAACCACAAAAUGUUUCAGUGGCUGUCACCGCAAAUCGAAAAGGACACCCAAGUAAUCGAGCUGAGUUUGAUGCAAACUCUUGCUGUGUAAGAGCAUGUGUGUCUGUGUAUGAGUGUGUGUGUGUGUGUGUGUGAGAGAGAGAGAGAGAGAGAGAGAGAGAGAGAGAGAGAGAGAGAGAGAGACUCUAGGAAGCCAUGAGAAUGUGGGUCAUGGUUGAAAUUUUGAAAAAGACUGGUAGACAAUCUUGACUUUUGUGGUAUCAAAUAAUGUUUAAAAAUGUAUCCAGGUGAUACGGGAAGGAAGGGGCUGAUGCCUGGGGUUUUCAUGCCACCAUUGCUAAGCUCACUCACAAGGGAACCCAACCUUCUGUACAUUUUUACUGUGGGGCUGUGAGGUGUUGUGUCCCAACAGUACUUGAUUCUAAGGGUCUUCUCACCCGUCCUUCAUGCCUUUUGUACAUGCAAUACCAUACUACUCAAACGUCACCCCCAAAACACACACACACACACACACACACACAAACACACACACACACAGCCUUGCUCAAGAAUCAGCCUGUUUCAUUUGCUUGUUUUUCAAGAUAGGGUUUCUCUGUAUAGCCCUGGCUGUCUUAGAACUCGCUUUGUCUAUCAGACCCACCUGCCUCUGCUUCCUGAGUGCUAGGAUCAAAGGCCUGUGUCACCACACCUGGCUUGUUUUUUUUAAUCAGCCUUCCAUUGUGGUGAAUCUACAAAACAAACUUGUAAAUUACGGAAUUAAGAUUUCAGUCUACCUGCCACUCCAACAACACAACAACCUCCAGCUGGGGAGGCAUAGAGUUGGGUUCUGGUGGAGGUUAUCCUAACUUUUAUUUGGCUGUGUCUUCUAGACAACUUUGGCUCUGGGUUUGGGGGAGAAGAAACUCAUUCAUUUGUAGGGGGCACUAGAUGAGACAGCGAUGCGGAGCAUGAACCCAGCGUUCUUAGGGAUGCUGGCAUCUCUAGGCAGCACCCACAUAUUCCAGUUACAAGGAUAGCAUGCCAGGUUGUUCAUGCUAUUUCAGCUUGCCAGGGAGAUUAGGAAGAGCCUGCCAAUGGAAUCUGUCUGCCAGCGCUUCCAAGUCCCUGCAGUGUGGUAGGUGCAUUGGGGGAAUUGCCACUUUUUAAAAAGGUAGUGCUUGUUGUUGGCACAGCAAAGAUAUGCCUCAGAGAGAAUGCUGUUGCGGGAUUUAUGGUAAACGUGGCUCCUCAGUACCAGGGCAGCCAUGUGGCUUCCUGCAAGUCCUUCCUCUAUUAAAACCACAUUCUUUUUUUUUUUUUUUUUUGAUUUUUCGAGACAGGGUUUCCCUGUAGUUUCUAGAGCCUGUCCUGAACCUAGCUCUUGUAGACCAGGCUGGUCUCGAACUCACAGAGAUCCGCCUGCCUCUGCCUCCCGAGUGCUGGGAUUAAAGGCGUGCGCCACCACCGCCCGGCUUAAAACCACAUUCUUAACAUGGCUUCUGUUCCUUGCCCCUUUUCAAAGCUGACACUGCUCUCAAGUGAUACUUUUGAUUUUUGAGGCCCCUGUCCUGAACAGGGUCUGCUCUUUCUAGAUCAUCUAGACUCCUUUCUCCGUGUGUGUGUGUGUGUGUGUGUGUGUGUGUUUGUGUUUCCUUUCCACAAGACAGGCUCACCAGUGUUAGAGCCGCUGUUCAGUUCCUGGGCCCUGUUUCCCGCUGCUUAUCAAUGCCUUGCAGAUUUACAGUUGGAAAUAUUUACCUGCUUCCUCUGAGGACAACUUCUGAGUUUUAGUUUUAGUAAGCUGUAAAGCUAGUUUGUUUGUUUGACUGUGAUUAAAACAGGUAUAAGGGGAGAAAAAAGUUGGGGGGAACCCCAACACAAGUAUAAUCACCUUUGGAAAAUUUCCAAAGUCUUAGUAUGUCUUUGCGACACAAAUACACAGGUGAGAAGCAUCAAAGGACCAUCCCUAAUUGCAUAGCUGUUACCAUGCUCCAAAAAUAAACUACUUCGCCACA